AAAGCAAGCUGGGGGGGCCUUGGGCUUUGCUGCUUCACACGCCCAUUCAUCAUCCUAGAAAGAAAGAGAGACAGAGAGAGAGAGAUGGUGGUGCGAAUGGUGUUUCAGAGCAUUUUAUUAUUGUUUUCAAUUUACGCAUUUGUGCAAGCAGCGGGCUUUUCAAUCAGUUCAUGUCAACCAAGCUGUGGGGAUGUUAACCUCAAAUACCCUUUUGGAAUAGGAGCCGGUUGCUACGCUGAUGCCUGGUUUGAAGUAGUUUGCAGAAAUGACUCUUUGGCCUCUCCCUCUCCCAAACCUUUCUUGCGGAUCCUCAACCUGGAGGUGCUCGACAUUUCAUUAGACGGCACAGUUCGCGUCAACUUUCCGACAGUUUACAAUUGCACAAACGGUACAAGCAGCACAGCAAACAUUGUGGAGUUACGAAACAGCCCUUUCAUCUUCUCCCAAUCCGAAAACAAAUUCAUCGCCUUGGGUUGCAACAACUUUGCUUCAAUGAGGUCCGUAGAUGGGUCUGGCUCAGCCAUUGGUGGGUGCAUGUCCAUUUGUGACACGACUAAAGUGGUAAAUGCAAGUAGCUGCAAUAUUGGCAUCAAUUGCUGCCAAGCCUCAAUUCCUUCGGAUCUCGAUGCCUUCAAUACAACAAUGGAGGUCAUGAAUAGUAAAGAUCUUGUCAUCAAUGGAUGCAACUCUGCAUUCUUGGUAGAAGAAAAGUGGUUCAAGACUGAUUACCGCACUCUUUCGCUUUUCGUUCCUGUGGUGCUGGAAUGGUGGAUUCCAUAUACGUCAUUCAUCUCACUUCCAAUAGCCAAUUAUAAUACCUCCUCCACCUAUAAUUGUAGGCAAGUAGUGGUUAAGCAGCGGAACACAACUUUUACAUGUUCUUGCAAAGCCGGCUAUGGAGGAAAUCCCUAUGUUCCUGGAGCAUGUCAUGUUAUAAAGGAAUGCGAGCUCACACACCCUUGUUUGGGUUACAAUCCAUCGCCGCUUAUAUUCUGUGAAAAUACAUAUAAUGAAGAAGAAGAGAGAAUCUAUACUUACAAUGGGUCUUACAUUUGUUACCGUCCGAUAUUUUUGACCAUUGAGUCUCGGGUUGAAGUGUUCACAAUAGGUAUUAGCAGCGGUCUUGGGCUAUUGGUUCUACUUGUUGGUGGAUGGUGGUCAUACAAAGUGGUAAAGAAAAGAAGGAUGAUUAAACAGAAGAACAAGUUCUUCAAACGAAAUGGUGGUUUAUUGUUACGACAACAAUUAUCUUCACAUGAAGCCAAUGUUGAGAACAUCAAAUUGUUUAAUUCAAAAGAAUUGGAGAAGGCCACUGACCGUUUUAAUGUGAAUAGAGUACUUGGCCAAGGAGGGCAAGGCACUGUUUACAAAGGCAUGUUGAUAGAUGGAAGAAUCGUUGCAGUGAAAAAGUCUAAGGUAAUUGAUGAAGGAAAACUCGGAGAAUUCAUUAAUGAAGUCGUCAUUCUUUCACAAAUUAACCAUAGGAAUGUGGUUAAGCUAAUUGGUUGUUGUUUGGAGACAGAAGUUCCUCUACUAGUUUAUGAAUAUGUUCCUAACGGAACUCUUUUCCAAUACUUCAAUGGACAAACUGAGGAGUUUCCACUAACAUGGGAUAUGCGCUUACGAAUUGCAACAGAAGUUGCAGGAGCUCUCUUCUACUUACACUCAGCAGCUUCCACCCCUAUUUACCAUCGGGACAUUAAGUCUACAAAUAUACUCUUAGAUGAUAAAUUCAGAGCUAAAGUAGCUGAUUUUGGGACUUCAAGAUCCAUCGCUGUUGACCAAACUCACUUAACCACACGAGUGCAUGGCACUUUUGGAUACUUGGACCCUGAGUAUUUCCAAUCAAGCCAAUUUACAGAAAAGAGUGAUGUUUAUAGUUUUGGUGUUGUCCUUGCUGAGCUCUUAACUGGUGAAAAAGCAAUAUCUUCAACAAAGACACAAGAACCCAGAAGUUUAGCCACAUAUUUCAUUCAAUCGGUGGAGGAGAACAGUUUGUUUGAUAUUAUUGAUAGUCGAGUUUUGAAGGAAGGUAAGAAAGAAGAGAUAAUUGCGGUCGCGAACCUUGCUAAAAGGUGCUUGAACUUAAAUGGGAAGAAACGACCAACAAUGAGAGAAGUCACAAUAGAGUUACAAGCAGUUCAAAUGUUACAAAAAGGUGCUAACCUUCAACAAAACUAUGAAGAGCUUGAAUAUGUUGGAGCUGAAGUGUACGAGCUAUGGGAUGCUGCUCCCACAUCAAUUGUGUCAACCGCCUCCAUAGACGCCCAACCAUUAUUAUAGUCAUAAUUAAUAUUUGUAUAAUGUCAUGUUGUAUGCUACAUAAUUUAUUGUUUUCUUUGUAUUCCUACAAGUACUUUCAAGAAUCAUUCAAGAACAUGGAU